GCUGAAUAAAAUAUCAUAACCAUCCAUUGGGUUCUGUACAAUCGCAUUGAUAUUCCCCUGCAGACAUGGAGCGUUUUCACGUCUUUUCUCUCCCCCCCGCUCUGCUGCAAACACUGACACCCCGAAAUCUCAUCAGUCAAACACCACCUAGAUCUGAAUCACCCGUUCGGCCAUCUGCACCACAAGCCACCAGCAAUUCAAGAGCAUGCAAUAUCUGCACUGGUGCCGCUUUUGUCGAUGUGAACGAGCAGAGGUCCCAUUUUCGUUCCGAUUGGCAUCGAUACAAUGUCAAGAUACGCUUGUCUGGAGGUAGCCCUGUCUCGGAAUCGGAAUUUACCCAGUUAGUUGACGGUCUCGAGGAUUCAAUAUCGGGCUCUGCUUCAUCCGAUGAUGAAAGCUCCUCCGGAGACUCUGAUGCCGUAGAAGCUCUUGUAAGCAAGAAUAAGAAAACGACCAGGUCUACUUCCCCUUCGUAUAACCUGCGGCGUACCCAACAAACUGCACUCGCUUGGUUCCACUCCCCUCCAGCGACCCAGAUCGGCAUAUACAAAACCAUGUUUCCGACGAAUAUCCCUGCCGCAGCUUAUCUUACCCAGGUGAAAGAUAUGCAGACGAGGCUGGAAGGAGGAAGGAAGUGGGCUAUGUUCAUGGUUGCAGGUGGACAUUUCGCAGGUGCUGUUGUCCAGGUGAGCAGACCUGCCGAGGAAGAUGUUCUGGAACAAAGCAAAUCGAAGAGAAAACCGCCCAAGCCGAAGCCCGAGACUGAAGUGUUGAGGCAUAAAACGUUCCAUCGGUACACUACUCGUAGGAAACAGGGAGGAUCUCAAUCUGUAAACGACAACUCUAAAGGCAACGCGAAGAGUGCCGGUGCUCAACUUCGUCGAUAUGGCGAGCAAGCAUUGCGUGACGAUAUACGAAACCUUUUGGAAGAAUGGGCCGAUGAAAUCAAUGAUUGCGAACUAAUUUGGAUACGUGCAAGCGGCUCGAAUAGACGUAUUUUUCUGGACUACGAGAGGUGUAUCAUUCAAAAAGGCGAUGAGCGGCUGCGAACUUUCCCAUUCCCUACUCGUCGUCCCACCCAGUCAGAACUUUCGCGCUGCCUUUUAGAACUCACUCAGGUCAAAGUAUCACAUCUUACCGAAGAUGCCCUUCGAGCCCAAGACGAAGCAUAUCUUGCGUCACUACCAAAACCAAAAGUACAACCUACAGUCGAACCGACGCCCGAACCCGAUAAACCCAAAGUAGCACGCCUCACGAAGGAAGAAGAGGUAUUCCGAGAGAAGUGGCAAAGGUUACUGGAGAUGGUUAGCAAAGGCCGCCUAGAGCCCUUGAAGACAUUUUGGGAUCGAGAAUCCUCCCAUUUCCAAAGCGUUAAUGUGACGAUACCGUCGUGGACAGGAGAUCGACGAGCAACCCUUCUUCAAGUUGCCGCACAGUCUGGCCAGGAAGAACUCACAAGGUGGCUGCUGGAAGAUAUGCAUGCAGAUCCUACAAUAGCGGUACCCGUUGGAGGACAAGAUGACGAGGAGGCCGCACAAGCCUCUGAUGCGUCAGAUACCCCGUCGCCGCUUUUGGCUGGCUCACGGAGAACUGCAUAUGAUCUGGCUCGCUCGAAAGGCACACGAAACGUUUUUCGACGUUGUGCAGCGACGCAUCCUGACUGGUGGGAUUGGCUCGGUGCUGCACGCGUCCCAAGCGCCUUGAGCCAGAAGAUGGAAGAAGAAAGGGAGGAGAAGAAAGCGCAAAGGAGGAAAGGCCUCAAGGAAAAGAUAAGAGAAAGGGAGGCAAAGGCAAAGGAAAGGGAGGCUGCAAAGCCCGAAGUCAAGGUGGAGCAGAUUGCGCCUCCCAAGGUGCAGCGGAAGCCGCAAGACCCUAACGGCCCGCAGAAACUCGGAGGUUCGUCUGGCGGCUCAGAUGGGGUAAUGGGUCUUACACCCGAAAUGAGAGCUAGAGUUGAACGAGAGCGGAGAGCCAGAGCUGCAGAGGCUAGACUGAAAGCUCUUGGUGGUCGAUAGCAUAUGGCACUACAGCGGUGUCGUACUUAGUAGAGUUUAGAUUCUCGUAAGAGAAGUAAUCGUAGGACAUUCUGUUGUAGAUUACAAGAGUAUAUACUCCAGUGCUCGAGUACGUGGAGCUGGAGCGUUAUAUCGUUCCUUCUAACCAGGUUGCCGAUCCUCUUGUUAAUUCACCUC